GACCGGCGAAUCGACAUUGAAAUAAUACAAGUGAAUAAAGUCUACAAACAAGCGACUUGCGAAACGCAUCUGAGCAAAUUUUUACUCAUUUCAAGUGCAUUUAAUAGUCGUAAAUAUGUCUCUAUUACCGUACUUCUUCGACGAUUGGGGCUUUGGACGUCCACGCCGUCUAGCUGACCAGCACUUCGGUCUGGUUCUCACUCCACACGAUUUAUUGUCAGUCGCUGCUGGGCCUCUCUUGACACGAGAGUACUUCAGACCUUGGCGACACUUAGCAGCUGCACAGAGGGACCUGGGAUCCAGUAUAAAGACCGACGCGGAUAAAUUCCAGAUCAACUUGGACGUACAACAUUUCGCACCGGAUGAGAUCUCAGUGAAGACGGCGGAUGGGUACAUCGUGGUGGAAGCUAAACACGAGGAAAAGAAAGACGACCACGGGUACAUCUCGCGUCAGUUUGUGCGAAGGUACGCGCUUCCCGAGGGUACGUUACCAGAGACGGUGGAGUCUCAGCUUUCUUCCGAUGGUGUGCUCACCAUCACUGCACCUAGGAAGGUCUCGGAAGCUGUCAAGGGAGAAAGGAAGGUCCCAAUUGCACAGACCGGUCCUGUCAGGAAGGAAAUAAAGGAUCCAAUCGAUCAAAAGGAUGUUGCCAAAGAUGAGAAGGAGAAAGAGUGAAAUUGGUGCAUGUUUACUGAUUUAUAAUUUGUUAAUUUGUUUGUAAGAUAUUUUUCCAAAGAUUUACUAGAUUUAAUAUUUUACCUAAGUACUAUAAUUGUUGGUGGCGCCAUUUUGAGACUGAUUUUAAAAAUUUAAUAUUUUAUAUUUUCAUUAUAAACCUUUUGUGUUUGGGAAAACAAUAAAGGUUUAAGUUUAUUUUUUAUAA